AUGUUCGAGGAGAUUCGCUACGAGCUCGACGGCGUGGAGAUCGAUCGAAACGGAAACGUCGGGAUAACGAGCACGAUCAAGAAUUACGCGUCGCUGACGGUCGAGAGAGGCAAGAUAUUAAAGAACGCUGGAUGGGACUUAUCGGCGGUAACCCACUCGUCGAUCGGCGAUUUCAACUUUUGCAUACCUCUCAACGUGCUGUUAGGUUUCUGCGAGGAUUAUAAGCGCGUUGUGAUCAACGCGCGACACGAACUUAUUCUGAUACGAGCGCGCAACGAUAACAAUUGUAUCAUAUCGCGCGAAACGCAAGAGCCUAAAAUCGUUUUGUCAAAAAUACAGUGGUUAUUGCGCACGUUGGAUAGUGGACGAUACCUGAGCAUCGCUUUUCGCUCGUGGGAACUCUACGAGUUUCCGCUUCUACAGAGCACGAUCAAACACUCGUCGACUCAGCUCAAAGCGGCGACGCAGCUCGAAAAACCGCGAUACGUUAUCUUCGUGCUACAGUCCGGAAAGAAGAACGUUCUGUCCGAGGAGCCUUCCCUAUUCGACGAUUGCAAACUGACUAAUGUCAAGCUAUAUCUUAAUUCCGAUUUUCAUCCUUACGACGACAUGAAUCUGGAUUUCGAUAAGCACAAAGUCGCCGUGCUGUACGACAUGCACUCGAAAUUUCGAAGAACGUACUACGGAUGCGACAACGAUGAAGCGCUCUUAAAUCUGAAUAAAUUUUUAAUCCACGGCCCGCUCGUGGUCAUCGACUGUUCUCGACAGAACGAGUCGAUCAAGAUCGCUACCGUGGACGAUCGCGUAGAGUUCGACUGCAAGGAGAACAUCCCCUCUAACACCACAGUCUACUUUAUUAUUAUUCACGAUCGAGUGGUAGAGUACAAUCCGCUCACCAACGUCGUGCGUAGAAUCGUGUAA